AUGGAUCGCUACGCUACACCUCCUUUUACCGUCCGGUUGUUCUAUCGAACCGGAGCCUUUCACAGACCUGACGAAUUCACCGCGUCGACGCUGCCGCCGCACGUAACGUUCCACACGUGGCCCGACUGCAACCUGACGGAGCUCACCUACCACCUCGCCUCCGAAAACACCUCCGCCCUCCCCAACCCGGCCAUCGGCACGCGCCUGGUCUACCGCCUCAUCUUCCCAGACACGAGGGGCGGCGCCCCGGCCCAGCAGCCAGGUCCUGGCGCCAGGCCGGAACCGGGGACGGGAGCGGGGGCCGGGCCGGUGAAAUACAUGGUCAAGGACCUGGGUAGCGUGGUCAUCGGCAACGGCGGUGCCGGCCUCGACCCCGACGACCCCGAGGGCGAGAAGGAGCUCGAGAACGAGGGCGAAAAGACCCUCGGCGAGGCCCGGUUCGUCACCGGAGACUUCAUCUCGUGUGCCAUCCUGCCCGCGCUCCCGGACGGGUCCGUGGCGCCGGCGUCGAGCGCGAGGACCGGACGGGGGGCUGGUGUCGGCGAGUCGCGAAUCAUCCUGGGACGGGCGCCCGGCAGCGCCGGCGGCGGGAGGGAGUACGAGAACGGGAACCCGCGUUUUAAUAGGGGGAGGAACAGCGGGAGGGCAUACGACGGAUUCGGGACUCGAAGCAGUGGCAUACCGAUGGGCGAGUGGCGGAGAGGAGAGAGACUACCGGACGUGCCACCCUCGGGGCGGGGCAGAGCACGAGGACGAUACUAA